GAACUUCAAUCCUACCCAAGUUGUGUUGUUGACCUACAUGUGUGAUAUGAAAUUCACUCACGUUAUACACCCUAUCAAAGCCAUGUGUCUAUAAAUAUAAUAGGCUAUGGCAUUUCCCAAUUUAUUUUCCAGCUGAUUACGCUAGACAUGUUGCACAUUUUAAUUGCAGGCACAUUAAUAGUUAACGAAGUUUUCGAAGGUGAGAAUAAAACUUAUGUGAGAUUACAUAUCCAGCAAACUCCCUUCGUUGUUUCCGAUGUAAUGAUUGUCCGGAAAAUCCUACUGAAGGAUCUCCAGGGGUAUAUGUCCACGAUGGUUGCAAGGCGGGAUGUUUAGAGUACGGAAGAAGAACGUUCUAGUUUUUUGAACGUCACAUUCGAUCAGUCACCUGAGGUAACCCCAAGUACACGAGAACAAAAAACGGAGAGUUCGGGUGUUGAUAAGGAAGAACCCCAUGGGCCUUCAAUCAACGGAGCAGAUGAUAAAUCAAUUCGGGCUUCAUCCGGCAUGAUUAUGUUCCUCAGUAUUUUCACCGCAUACCAUAGUCUCCCACGAACGCUAGCAGGCGCUUAA